AUGUCGCGAUCGUCAAAUAGUGAAAAGGAAUGUAAAGGUCCUCAAAUGCGUUGGCGGCAGGUUUGUUUCCUGCAGAGUCAGGAAAGAAUUCGUUACAGGUCUGACGUAUGAAGAACGAGUACACUACAUAACAACCGUUAAGACCUUGGUGUCUGACGAGCGUCAUAAAUCAAAAUUUGAAAAUCUGCUAAAUGUUCACGAAAGAAUUUAUUUUGUAGAUGAUGAUUUUAUUAAAUAUUUCCUGCCAUGGCAUCGUUGGUUCACAUUAGAAUAUGAAAAUCUUUUACGACAAAUCGAUAGUCAAAUUGUCAUACCCUACUGGGAUUGGAGUCUUAUGGGUGGUGACCCUUUCAAAAGCGGGCUACAGACGACAGCGGAUUUGGUGGAAAUGGUAACCCUCCUGGAGAGUGUGUUGACACGAGUCCGUUCCGAGAAGGGGAGUUCUCGCUAAGCCGGUCAGCCGGAGGGGGAUGCUUGACGCGCAACUUUAAAUGUUAUUUCCCCAACGCUGUUCACGUUCGAACAUUACUCACUAACAUCGACCUUAUUGAAUUUGAGAGCUCAAUAGAUGGUAUCUUUCACAACGAAGUUCAUAAUAGCAUAGGAGGGUUGAUGGCAAGAAUGGAUGCAGCUUCGGCGCCUGAAUUUAUCCCACAUCAUGGUUUUAUUGACAAAAUUUGGUCUGACUGGCAGAAAAGGGGGAAUAAUGAGACAUAUUUCCAGGAUAUCGAAGAGGUGCUGCCAGGAACGAAUUAUUUGCCAAGGGAAAUGCUAGACCUGGAACAUCUGCCUGGGGGUAUCUGUGUGGUGUACGAAGACCCGAAAAGCGUUGUAUUCGAAGAACUCAGAUGUUAG